AUGUCAGAGGAAUUCACAAUGAUCGCCGCUUCUUCCUAUAUACCAAAAACAAGAAAACCGCCGAAUCCCGCCGGCGAGGAUGCCCACUUUAUCGACCAGACGGCGCAGGUUAUCGGCGUCGCCGAUGGCGUUGGUGGCUGGGCGAGAAAAGGAGUCGACGCUGGCGAGUACGCGCGGGAGCUCAUGAGGAAUGCGGAGCGCUCCGUUAACGGCUCCGCCCCCGCCGACGUCGACCCCAAAUCCGUCAUCGCGGCCGCCUUCUCGAGGACGAAGGCGGCCGGAUCGAGCACCGCCUGCAUAAUCUCGCUGGCCGGAAACCGCCUCCGGGCGGCGAACGUCGGCGACAGCGGCUUCAUGGUGAUCAGGAGAGGAAGUAUAAUUUUCCGGUCGCCGGCGCAGGUGUGGGGGUUCAACGCGCCUUAUCAGCUCGAGAGGAGGGUGAGAGGGGGGCCGCAGGCGGCGGAGGAGAUGGCAGUGGAGGUCGAGAGCGGCGACGUCGUGGUGGCCGCCACUGACGGGAUGUUCGACAAUCUGUUUCCCGAAGAGGUGGAGGCCACCGUGGAGCGGUGCCUCUCGGAGGGGAUGUUACCGCCGAUGAUGGCGCGUGAAUUGGCCACGGCCGCGCACGUGAAAUCUGAGCGCCGCGACAUCGAGAGCCCGUUUGCCGUGGAAGCGGCCAAGGCCAGAUCUAAGUGGGCUUCCCUUGGAGGGAAAAGAGAUGAUAUAACCGUUGUUGUUGCGUAUAUUAUUAGAGCACUCGCAACACAGCCGCCUUUGCAGUGCCGCAAACAGGGUGGGGUUGUAAGUGUGCAGAGAGGUGUGGUGAACGCGGCCACCAACCUGGCUAGUUUUUAA